AGCGCUAAGCUCAGCCUAAGCCGCGCAGCGCCAUGGAGAGCGGCAGCAAGAUGACGGCUCGCCUGAUGCUGGCGGUGGGCGGCGCAGUGCUGGGUUCCCUGCAGUUCGGCUACAACACGGGUGUCAUCAACGCCCCGCAGAAGGUGAUCGAGGACUUCUACAACCGGACCUGGCUGUACCGAUACGAUGAGCCCAUCAGCCCCGGCACCCUCACCACGCUCUGGUCCCUCUCCGUCGCUAUCUUCUCCGUCGGAGGCAUGGUGGGAUCCUUCUCYGUGGGGCUCUUUGUCAAUCGCUUUGGCCGGCGAAACUCCAUGCUCAUGUCCAACGCGCUCGCCUUCCUGUCCGCUGUCCUCAUGGGCUUCUCCAAGAUGGCCUAUUCCUUCGAGAUGCUCAUCCUGGGCCGCUUCAUCAUCGGCCUCUAUUCCGGCCUCACUACGGGCUUCGUGCCCAUGUACGUGGGCGAGGUGUCACCGACGGCUCUGCGGGGMGCGCUGGGCACCUUCCACCAGCUUGGCAUCGUCCUGGGCAUCCUCAUCGCGCAGGUGUUYGGAUUGGACUUAAUCAUGGGAAACGACUCGCUCUGGCCACUGCUCCUGGGCUUCAUCUUUGUCCCUGCCCUGCUGCAAUGCAUCAUCCUGCCCUUCGCGCCCGAGAGCCCCCGCUUCCUGCUCAUCAACCGCAACGAGGAGAACAAAGCCAAGAGCGUCCUAAAGAAGCUCCGGGGGACCACGGACGUUAGCAGCGACCUCCAGGAGAUGAAGGAGGAGAGCCGGCAGAUGAUGAGGGAGAAGAAGGUCACCAUCAUGGAGCUCUUCCGCUCGCCCAUGUAUCGGCAGCCCAUCCUCAUCGCGAUCGUGCUGCAGCUCUCCCAGCAGCUCUCGGGCAUCAAUGCGGUUUUCUACUAUUCCACCAGCAUCUUUGAGAAGUCGGGCGUGGAGCAGCCMGUCUACGCCACCAUCGGCUCCGGCGUGGUCAAUACGGCCUUCACGGUUGUUUCGCUCUUCGUGGUGGAGCGCGCCGGGCGCAGGACCCUGCACCUCAUCGGCUUGGCGGGGAUGGCCGGCUGCGCGGUGCUCAUGACCAUUGCCCUGACGCUGCUGGACCAAAUGCCCUGGAUGUCCUACCUCAGCAUCGUUGCCAUCUUCGGGUUCGUGGCCUUCUUCGAGAUUGGGCCGGGCCCCAUCCCCUGGUUUAUCGUGGCGGAGCUGUUCAGCCAAGGUCCUCGUCCCGCCGCUUUCGCGGUCGCCGGGUUGUCUAACUGGACCUCCAACUUCAUCGUGGGCAUGGGCUUCCAGUACAUCGCGCAACUCUGCGGCUCCUACGUCUUCAUCAUCUUCACGGUGCUGCUAGUCCUCUUCUUCAUCUUCACCUACUUCAAGGUGCCGGAGACGAAGGGCCGGACCUUCGACGAGAUCGCGUCCGGCUUCCGUCAGGGGGGCGCGAGCCAGAGCGACAAGACCCCGGACGAGUUUCACAGCCUGGGGGCCGACUCGCAGGUCUAACAGCGCCCGGCUCCUCCGAGCCUCCUACCUUCUCUCCUGAGUGUUUUUAAUGCUUGUACAGAAACCAGGAAGGAGGGAGCGGGGGGUCUGGCUCUUGUUCAUACCUUCCUUCUCCAGACUCCCCCACCGGCCGCCUGGUUUAUCGGUGACAGACUGACAAUUUUUUUUCUUUUUAUUUUUUUUUUUGGCUAGGAACGAUUUUAGCUGAUUUUAUGUCCAGGAUUUCAAAGCCGAUAGAUCAGAAGCGAUGACUAAUGUUUUAAAAACCAACCAAGCCGUGUCCUCCAGCUUCCCUUUUUAAUGAAGCGAUAGAUUAUUUAACGAGAAAUCACAUAGUGGAAAGUUUUUA